AUGAUCGUCCUGCCGAAGACCCAAGCGCUAAAUAGUACCACCUUCCACGCCCCUCCUCUCCAUGACGAGUCGUUAACACUUACCCACCUCUAUGACUGGCAACAUGAACACAGCCCAGAUCAUCCGUUAUUUUUGUACGAAGACCAGCCAGGGGAGAUGAAGACGAUACAUUGGGGGCCCGCUGUACGUGCUAUGCAUCAAGCUGCUCGUAUAAUCGCAUCCAAAGUUCCACUGGAAGUGGUAUCGGCUGCUAUAGACGGACGACCCAUUGUUGUUGGUACACUGGCUACUACAGAUACGAUAACCUAUGUCACGACCGAAAUUGGUAUCAUUCGCGCUGGCUUCACUGUCUUCCCGAUCUCCCCCCGCAAUUCACCGGAAGCCAUCGCCCACCUGCUAAAGAAAACAGGAGCGAGAAUAGUGCUCGUUAGUGGGGAGCCUGUGCUCCAGAAGCUUGCGGCUGCAACGUUGGAAAUUCUGAACAAGGAUGAGGACAAGCUGGAUCUUGUCAUAUCCACUAUGCCCCAAUUUGAAGACCUCUACACUGACAAGGUCUUCAACGGCGACUUUGAACCAUACCCGUCUGUGAAUUACAAUCUCGAUGCGCCUGCAAUCAUAAUGCAUUCUUCUGGGUCAACUGCUUAUCCCAAACCAAUAACUUGGCUCCACAAGCAUCUCGUGUCGCUCUGCUACAUCCCAUGGUACGGAGAGAUGGACCUGUGCGGCCAAGUCAUGUCGUGCCACGCUAUGCCUGUCUUCCACGGCAUGGGUAUACUACAGAUUGGGCUUGUGGUAUCCUCUGGUGUUUCAAUGUCAGUUUUCAAACCGACAUUCCCGGCGGUCAUGCCAAAUCCCCAGAACGUUUUGGAAGGUAUGAUCGUAUCAAAGUCUACGAUUGGAGCGGCGGCCCCUACAUUUUUGGAAGUAUGGUCAAGAAUUCCAGAUGCUGUAAAGUAUAUGAAAACCAUGAAAGCCGUGAUGUGGGGAGGUGGUCCACUUCCAAAAGCUGUAGGAGAUCAUCUUACAGCUGAAGGCGUGGUCAUUCACAGUCAGUACGGGUGUACCGAAUGUGGUGUAAUGAACACUGUUUUACCUGCACAUGGCCGCGGCGAAGAUUGGGAAUAUCUCACCUUGUCAGCACACACUCGUCCCAUUUUCCUGCCUCAGAAUGAUGGCACUUUUGAAUUGGUUCUGACAGAUCAUGAGUCGCAUCAUCCUAUCGUAUUCAAUUCGAAAAUAGAUGGGUAUGACGCGUAUGCUACGUCCGAUCUAUUGACACCUCACCCUACAAAGCCUGGGUUAUGGAAAAUCUUCGGCCGGUCAGACGAUCAAAUCAUGCUGUCGACUGGUGAGAAGACCAAUCCUGGUCCCUUAGAGGGAAUAUUGAACCAGGAUCCACACGUCUUGGGGAGCGUCAUGUUUGGCAGAGGCAAAUUCCAGAACGGUGUGUUGAUCGACCCAAAGCCUCAAUUUGCGUUUGAUCCUUCGGACGAGCGGAAACUGGAGGAAUUCCGGAAUGCAAUUUGGUCCACCGUCGAGAGAAUGAACGAAUAUGCGCCGAAGCAUUCCCGCUUGUUCAAAGAGAUGAUCAUUGUCGCAUCGCCAUCCAAACCGUUCGUGUAUACGGCCAAGAUGACACCCAGACGUCAAGCUAUCUUGAAGGAGUACGAGGCCGAAAUCGACUCACUGUACGACACCAUCGACGAGAGUUCUCAAGCGGACAUAGCUGGUCCAGCCGAGUGGUCGCCUACAGAGACUUUGAAUUUUGUCCAACAGGUCGUCGCGAAGGUCACGAAGCUGUCCGCGCCGGACGAUGCAGACUUAUUUCAAAACGGCUGUGACAGUCUUCAGGCGACGUGGAUCCGCAAUUCUGUUCUCCGCGCCCUGCGCGAUACUGCACCGGAAGUGGCGAAGCGACUGCCAACAACCUUCGUUUACGACUACCCUACUGUCAAUCAGAUAGUCGGCUACUUGUGUCGAGCGGUGCUUAACCCCCACAUGAAUCAGAAGGUCGAUUUGGCCACGCGUGGUAUCGAACUUCAGGCGGUGGUGGACCAUUACACAAACGAUUUUCCCUCGCGUCCUGUUGCGGACGGCUCCUCUUCAUCUCAUUUGACUGGCGAAGUCUAUUUCUUGACCGGCAGCACUGGCGGUUUAGGUUCGAAUGUGCUCUCUCAACUGCUCACAGCUAGGACAGUGUUGAAGGUGUACUCUUUCAAUCGGCCAUCCUCGUCGGCCAGUUCGCUUCAAAGACAGCAGGAGGCUUUCAGAAAGCGAGGACUAGACGAGGCAUUGCUGAAUUCGCCCAAACUCACCUUUGUGGAAGGCGAACUCAGUGAACCAAACUUCGGCACGAGCCCUGCGUUGUACGAUGAGAUACGUAACUCCGUGACGCACAUUGUUCAUAGCGCAUGGAGAAUCAACUUGAAUCUUUCUCUGCUAUCAUUUGAAAGCAAUGUCGCUGGCGUUCGCAAACUCAUCGAUCUCGCGUUGACAUCGCCUCGUGCCGAACCUCCUCGUCUGCUCUUCGUUUCAUCCAUAGCUGUCUUCAUCAAUUUCGAAAACAGAGGUUAUGUCAAGGAAGAGCGCCUGGACGAUCCGCAAAUUGCCGUUGGCACUGGCUACUCAGAGUCCAAGUGGAUCGCCGAACGCAUCCUAGACGCUGCAGCCGAAAAGACGAAUCUUCGCCCGGUGAUUGUGCGUCUUGGACAGGUCAGCGGAGACAUGAACGGCACUUGGAAUGAAUCUGAGUGGUUCCCGUCGAUCGUCAAGUCAGCUUUCGCUGUGAAAUGUCUACCCAACUUGGAUGGACUUGUCUCGUGGAUCACUUCCCCCCACGCAGCUGCGGCCAUCAUUGAUAUGACCGAAUCGCCAUAUCAAACGCUCCACCUCGCCCAUCCGCGGGCAGUCACGUUCACAUCCCUCAUCGAACCUAUCGCAUCGGAAUUGGGCGUCCCGCUUGUGCCGUACACCCAGUGGCUAGACGCACUUGAGAAAGAUUUCAGCGAUACUUCAGUGUCGGAAGUGGAGCACCUCCAGCAGAACCCUGCAUUGCGUCUACUCGAUUUCUUCCGCCUUGCUCGAAUAGGGCCGGAAUGGGAACCGGUCGCCGUUGCAAGGCUUGGAACGGACAAAGCUAUCAAGGUGUCGAAGACUUUGAGGGAAGAUGCGCCGCAGCUGGGAACGGAGAAUGCAAAGAGAUGGUUAGCUAGCUGGAGGAGCGGCGGCUUCUUGCCCUAG